AUGGAUGGAAUCCCAGCCCAGACACAGACACAGGCAACGCCUUUCAUCCGCCUCUAUCAGGACUCGGACCAAGAUGCCAUGGUCCACAUUUUCCGCGAGACAGCCGCACCGGACCUCCGUGACGCCGCCGACCCCGUCCUCCACUAUGCCUCCUAUAUCUGGUGUCGACCAUAUCUGAUGUUGCAACCCGACGCAUGUCUGGUCCUUGACGACGGCACCGGCCAUGCCGUAGGCUAUCUGCUCGGCGUGCCACACACCCCUUCGUUUGUGGAACGCUAUGAACGGACCUACAUUCCUUUCCUGCAGACCCUGGGUCUGGACAAACCGGAGCCUGGCCAUCCAACCGACCUGCCAAAUGCCCUGAGGCAGAUCAUGUUCACCCCGAGAGGAAUGCUCCAUGACGAACAUCCUGAACUGCUGCGGCAAUGGCCGGCACACCUUCACAUUGACAUUCUGCCUCCAUUUCAAAAGCACGGCUACGGCCGGCAAUUGAUGGAACAGUUUUGCGAACGAGCUUCGGCAAGCGGCGCACGCGGUGUCCACCUGCUGAUGGCCGCGUCAAAUGAACAGGCCGGCAAGUUUUAUGAUCGGCUGGGAUUCUUGAGAUUCCCCGCCGUGCUUGAUGACGGCGCCAGCGGCGAAAAGGGCAGGGACCCAGACACUAUAUGGCUGGUGAAGAAUCUGUAA